AUAUUUAUAUCUCAUAUCUAGAGCAUAUCAUUUUGUAGUAGGCCUAUGCCUACUACAUAUGGAAACUUCAGGCAUAAAAAAUAUCCCAACCUUACGUAAUGGUUUGGUCUGCUUUUAAACUUCAGAGAGCCGAUCUUUAACUGUAGCGGACAGAUGCUUCCCUGCUAUAUUCAUGUACUACACAGUUGCAUUUGAUCGUGUGAAUAUAAUUUAAAACUUCACACUGAUUURCAAACGUUGUCUGAAGACUCAACACAAUUGCUGACCAAAUCAUAUUAUGAGACCAUGAUUACUUUAUUUUCAUGGUCCAGGCAUGCAGAAUGCAAACCCAAUAGAGGAGGUGGGAGGCGACACACCCUGUGAUGUGCCCUGUCUCCAGAAACUUGACUCCCCAACAGGGAGCCCUCCCAAACAAGCCUCUCUCGCAGAUAUGAUGGAGUUUGAGAAUUGUGUUUCCAAUCUCAGCCUUGCACAUGAGAUAGUGAUGAACAGAGACUUCAGCUUCAGACAGAACAGCCCACCCAAAGACAGCUUGGAAGGAAGAAUAUCUGACAUAGUUCACAGUGCUUUCUGGGACUGUCUUCGUGAGCAGCUUUCAUGCAGCCCYCCAGACUAUGUCCAUGCUGUCAUUCUGCUACAAGAGGUGAAAACUACCGUGCUGUCCCUGCUCCUGCCUGGCCACGUGCGUCUGAAGGCCCAGGUGGAGGAGGUUCUGGACCUGGAGCUGAUCCAGCAGCAGGCAGAUCAUGGGGCCCUGGACCUGCAAAGAUUGUCAGGCUACAUCAUCAAUACCAUGGCCUCCCUGUGUGCCCCUGUACGGGACCCAGAGAUCAAGACACUACGGGAUCUUUCGGACCCAGUGGAGCUCCUCAGGGAGAUCUUCAGAGUCCUUGGCCUGAUGAAGACAGACAUGGUCAACUUCACCGUACAGAGCCUCAGACCUAAUCUUCUUCAGCAGGCGGUCCAAUACGAGCGAGCCAAGUUCCAGGAGAUCCUGGAGAAGCAGCCUGAGUUCCUGGAYAAAACCACCGUUUGGCUUCAGGUGGCAGCACGAGAGGAGGCAUUGGUCAGUGCCCAGUCUGACCUUGACACUGGGACUCCCAAGCCACGUGGUCCAUUAAGUCCUACUGCCGUCCUGAACAGGGCUUACCUGCAACUGCUGAGCUGGGACCCCCAUGACCAGAAUUACCCUGAGACAGUUCUGAUGGACAGAGCCCGCAUAGAUGCACUGGGGCAGAGGCUGAGUCUGCUGGUUCUUGAGGCAUCAGUUCUGCUGUUGACUAGCACACAGUGUGGGGCCGCUGUUUUCUCUCUGCAGGGGUUUGUAGGUAAACUCAAGCAGACCAUCACUGCCCUACUGGAGGGCAGUCACAACAGGGACUUUGACCUGCAGGGGGCGUUGCUGGGGCUGAGGGAGCAGGUGCUGGUGCAGGUGAAGGAGGCUCUGAUCACCCAGGAAGGACCAGCGCUGCCUCAGGACAGUGAAGACGUGCUUAAGGGACAGAUCUCAGACCUGGCCAAGGACAACAACCCCAUCCGCACUCUCAUAGGAGAAAGAGUGCAGGGCUACCUCCAGGCCAUGCUAGAGGGAAGCMCCACUAAAAAGAGUCCGUCCAUGCCCCCUGCCCUGAGGCUGCUGAGUGCUGAGGUGGCAGAGCUGGGAAUGGCCUUAGGGCGAAUGGUCCAUUUCAACCGCUCAGUUUUCGGCCCCUUCUACGCCCCCAUCCUAAGGAAGAUGCUGUUUCCAUCGGGAGAGGCCGAGAUGGGGGAGGACUCCCGCUAGUCCCCCCAACACCUCAGGUCGCCUGCAUAAGCUGCCAUUCAACAUUUACACAAUGUAGAGCAGGGUUCCCAAACUGGCGACCCGYGGGCCAAAUAUGGCACGCCAACAAUAUUAUUUGGCUCCCCCAAAGACCCCCAAAUUAAWUUUUUWUAUUUUUUUWAUUUAAAAAAUGUAUAAAAAUCUCGGACCCGAGAUGCAAAAACUCCCAAAUGCAAUGUCCCAAGAAGGAAGUUACCCUACUUAAAUAAUGCAAAAGUUAAGUUUUAACUUCAUUCAUGAGGAGAGAGAAUGCAGGAGACAGUCAACUGAUAAAGCUGGCAACGGACCAUUUUGUGGUGCUGAAACUUAAAGCUGCAACCAGAGCACAAUCAAUAGGAGGUGAACAGCGCCUGGUGCUGAAAAUAUAGCUAACUUGUUAUGCAAGUGUUGCACAGCGACAGAUGGAGAAAACCUACACCAGUCGAGUAAUUCAUUUCAACAAUAAUCUUCAUUUUAUUUUGACUUUACAAACAAGAAGAAGGCUUAAUUGUCUUCUGAGCCUAGGCCUACAUAAAGCCUAGGCCUACAUAAAGCCUAGGCCUACAUAAAAUAACAACUGGCUGUGGUAUGCUAUAAGGCUUAACAGUAUCUUUCACAAGAAAAAAAUAUAUGGCCUAAUAGAAGUGGGAUUUUUUUUUUUUUUACAAGGUCUCCUUACAAUUCCAACUGGCCAAAAAUGGAGCAUCCUAGAUAAAACAAUAAUUUAAAGAAAAAAAAGGUGAAUGUCUAUCAGCAUAGCCUGCUUCUGUAACGACAGAACAAACAGAUAAUACUGUCAGCUUGAGACCUAAAUAUCCCUGGAUAAGCACUCACAAUAAUGUUAGUAUUUACUAAGUACAGUCAUAUAGGCCACUAAGUUACUCACUCAAUGGGAAAAGUUGCAUUCCCCCUCGAUCUUSUGGAUGUCACGUGAGAUGGAUGGGAGUUUGAUGCGCAGGCAGUCAACGAUUGACUUAUGUGAAAGCCGGUUCCUGUCUUGAGUCUAUAUUGCGUUCAUAGAGGAAAAUGAGGACUCGCAGGUGUAAGUCGAUCCGAACUUAGCGCAUGAAAUGCACGUUUCUUUAUUGGGUGUAUUUCUCUGAGCAUGCCACCCAAAACGCACACAAGGACUCGGUACUCCUGAGCGCAUCCCUGAUUUGGCUCGAUGUCUGUAAUUCAAUCAGCUCAGUUUGAAUUGCRGCCUAAUUUUUUUAAUUUAAACUUUAUUUAACUAGGCAAGUCAGUUAAGAACAAAUUCUUAUUUACAAUGACGGCCU